GAAUCCAAACCGCUCAACCUCCCGCCACGUGUCGUGCUCUCAAUGGGGAACCCGGAUGCCGGCCAGAGACGCUUAUAAUAGGGAAGAAGACAACGCAUUUGCUCAUCUCUAAUUCUGAGAGAGAAGCAAAACCAUACCCAAACCUUCAUCGCGACUGAAGAGAAAUUACCGGAGACAUCGAAAUGUUGCCGGAAACUGACACUAACGAACUCAAUCUAAAGGAGACGGAGCUGACGUUAGGAUUACCGGGCGGAUCGAAGAGCAGUGCUUGGACCGAGAUCGGUGGGAAGAGCAGCGGGAAACGUGGAUUCUCAGAGACCGUCGAUUUGAGUCUUGGUAGCUCCGGGAACGAGCCACGUGGCAAGGAUCAUGGUGAUCAGUCGACAAACUCGCCGAAAAGUCAGUUUUCCGAUGCCGGAAAACCCCCCGCAGCUAAGGCACAGGUGGUGGGAUGGCCACCGGUGAGGUCUUUCAGGAAGAACGUCUUGAAGAGCUGUACAUACGUAAAAGUAGCCGUAGACGGAGCACCGUAUCUACGGAAAGUAGAUUUGGAAAUGUACAGCAGCUACCAGCAGCUCUUGAAAGCUCUAGAGGAGAUGUUCACCUGCUUUACCAUCAGUCAGUAUCAUAACGAGACGAAGCUGAUGGAUCCAGUGAACGGAAUCGAAUACGUUCCUACGUAUGAAGAUAAAGACGGCGACUGGAUGCUGGUCGGAGAUGUCCCUUGGAGGAUGUUUGUUAGGUCAUGCAAGCGAUUGCGAUUGAUAAAAAGCUCAGAGGCCAUCAAUUUAGCUCCAAAGACUCCUCAGAGAAGCACGAACUUGGCAUGAUGUGGGGCCCGCUUUGGAGAUCCACCUCCCAAAGACGAAUACAUGUACAGAGAUAGUUUUUUCUCUUACCUGUGGGGGAGUUUUGGCUACAUCCUAUAUCAAUAGAAAUAAAUGAAAAUAUACAUGUGAUUAUCUACA